AUGGUCUUGCCAUGUACACACAAGUUCUGUCUUCAUUGCUUAGGAAUAUGCAUUCGGCAGAAUGCUGCUGGAGAAGUUAUUUGUCCUACAUGCGAUAGUGUACACAAGGUACCCAUAGAAUGGAAAAAGGUUUGGCGUUAUCAAGCUAUGAAUACAGUGAGUCAAUGUUUCGAACCAAAGCAGAGUGUACAGAUAAAAAGAGCUAUUAAUUUCGUCGAAGAUUCUUACUACAGAUUUGGCAAUUCGCCCCAAAGGAUUAAGAUAAACUCAGUACAAGAAGUCGAGAAUACUAGGUUGAGGGCCAAAUUUGAGAGGUGUAAAAUUACCCUCAGCGACGCACACGUCGUAACUUUACUGCAUGGUACAAAAGCACAAUUUGCCGCAGGAAUUGCAUCGGAAGGAUUUCUAAUUCCAACUUCUUUCAAUCGAAAUCCAGACAAUGACGCUGAAGGGGAGCUCAAAUUCGGAAAGGCUGUUUAUUUUGCUCAUGGCAAAAAAGCAACUGAGUAUGGCAAAAAUAUUCUCGUUCUAACCGAUUGCCUACUUGGUAAAGUUCAGGAAACAAACAAAUCAGAGCUGAAACUAACGCCUGAAAUUGUUCAUAAACGAGGAUAUCAUACGAUUCAUUACGAAAAUAUGAUGGAAGGCCCAGUGAACCAGGAAUGGGCUAUAUUUAGGAAAGAACAAUGUUUACCAGUUUUCAUAAUCGAUUAUGAAUUUAUUGAUGCUAAUGAUGUUAUCGAGAGUGCUCUUGUCGAACAAAUAAAAGGAAUGAACUACUUUUCUCCGGACUAUGUUCUUCUUGAACAAGCUCUAUUUGGUACCGACAACCAGUGCAAAGCUGUUCUCAAAUUUGUUGGCGACCUUGGUCACACGUCUCCGAGGCAUUCAACUAUGAUUAUUCGUGCAUUGCUAUCACGAACUGAAUCGAUAAGAAUGAACUCAUUGCUAAAUCAUCAAAAUGAAACAAUUCGCAUACUAUUUUUACGAGCUCUUUGGUUAUCAGGAAGAGAUGAUGCGCAGCUACAAAGCUUUCUGUAUCAGUACAUAGGACCAAAUGCUCUAAUUGAAUCUUUAAUAUCGGGUUACAAUGAUGUUUCUUGGCGAGCCUGUGGUGUUCUAGCAAAUAUGGCUGCAUUCAUUCCAGGGAUUCGACCUGUUUUAACCACAAAGCAUGCUAUUGCUCGUUUUAAAGCUUUAUUAAUAGAGGGAGUAUCAUUUCAAGAUAGAUUGUCUAUUCUUACGGUCGUCAACUUAAUGGCAAAUAUUGGUUGCACCGAGUAUGUAGCUAUGAACAAGGAAAAAGAUAUUCAAGAAUAUUUGAACGAAACACUUAUGGAUCACCCAGAUGAAGAAAUUCAAGAGGCAGCGAAUCGAUUCUUUUGUAACUUAAUCGGAAAAGGCAUUGGGACACCAGACUGGCAACGAGCUGGCUAUCAAGUCGUUGCAUUGGCACCAGAUCUCGAUUAA